AUGACCUCAGAUCCCCUGAAGGCGGAGCAGUGGGUCUCCACCAACCUCAACGCCCAAAGCCGCCCCGGUCUCGACCUCCACAACUCCCAUUCACCAAUCAUGGCGACCAAGAAGAUCGAACAAUGGGAGAUUGAACGGUACUGGGAGAUCUUCGCCUCCCUGGCGAACGGUCAAACACACCUGAACAGCUCCCAGGCCGCCUCUGUCCUGCGCAACAGCCGACUGCGCGAUGACCAGCUCGAGAAGGUCUGGGACAUUGCGGAUGUCGACGGCGACGGCGAGCUCGACUUCGAAGAGUUCUGCGUUGCCAUGCGCCUGGUAUUCGAUCUCGUCAAUGGCGAGCUACAAGAGGUCCCAGCAGCGUUACCAGACUGGCUGGUCCCCGAAUCCAAAGCACAUCUCGUUCAAGCAACCAGGGCAUUAGGAGGCCAUCAAGAGCAAUUCGAGCGGAUAGAAGACGAGGACGACUCGCUCGGCCUCAAGGAUGGCUUCGACUGGUACAUGAACCCAGCCGAUCGAUCCAAGUACGAGGAAAUUUACAACGCAAACAAAGGCUACCGCGGCCAGAUCACCUUUGAUUCCCUAACCCCCCUCUACGAGUCGCUCGAUGUGCCCGACACCGACAUUCGCUCAGCCUGGAACCUCGUCAAUCCUUCCGCGUCCCCCGCCAUCAACAAGGACGCAACCCUCGCCUUCCUCCAUGUCCUGAACUACCGCCAUGAGGGGUUCCGCAUCCCGCGCACGAUCCCCGCCUCACUGCGCGCCUCCUUCGAACACAACCAAAUCGACUACCAGAUCGACAACAACACCCGUCCUGCCCAACGCUGGGGCGCCGAAGGGAACACCGAGACAUCAACAGGACGCAAGGCCAAGUUCGGCGACACCUAUCUCAGCCGGCUGGGCGUGGGCGGCAAAGGCUCCUACCAGCCCAAGGGCACCGAUUUUGGUGAUACAGUACAAGACGAGGAGUGGGAGAAAGUCCGUCUGCGCCGGGAGCUAGCUGAGCUCGAGGAGAAGCUCAAGGCUGCAAACCAAGCCUCCGAGUCACGGCGGGACCGACCCCGUAAUGACGGGGGCCCGAACUGGGUGCUUGUUAAGAAAGAGGCAUUGCAGCUUUUGGAGUAUAAGGAGCGGGAACUAAGGGAGUUGCGUGAAGGCACUGGGCGGUCGAAGGAUGGACAGAGUCUUGAGCGGGCGAGGGAAGAUGUGAAUACUGUUGGCGAGCAGGUGGAGGGACUCAAAUCUCAUUUGGCUUCUCGCAAGUCGAUCCUUGCGGACUUGAAGCAGCAGAUCGAGGAUGAGAGGUCUCGGCGAUAA